UAAUUUUAUCGCAUCAAGUUCAUCUAAGAAUUUGGGCAAUUUUUCUGCUUAUCCCUCAUACACGCACGCUUUACAGAUAAUGACUGGGUAGGCGGGCUCAUAGAGAUAUUGGGGAACAUACUUUUUCACUUCAGACCCUCAGGAUGAAGCUGCGAAGUUGUUGAUAUGAAACUGUUACACUUGCCUCCGGCUGCCCGAGUGCAAAUUUGGUCGGCACAAUUUCGACCAAGGAAACUCAGUGCACUUCAGCCUCAAGGAUAUACGGCAUUAUUGUCGAGCACCACAUCUCCAUUUCCGACGAACCUACAUCGCAGAUAUGCUACAGUCGCCGUAGGCAACAACGACUCCUUGAGCAAGACCACUCAGGCACCCCUGAAGGAUGAUCUUCCGGACCUCGCGCCUGAUGAGGUGUCACUUGUGAACGACGUCCGCGCAUAUUUGGUUCGGUGCCCAAAAGAAGAAUCAGAAGCCGUGUUAGCAAAUUUGCAAUGGUGCAUUGAAAACAAAGCUUAUUAUGAGGAAUCUCAUUCUUGGAGUAGAGUUCUUCGUCGUAUUCGUGGGCGCCUUGAUAACAGUGCUACCCCCGCUGCGGUACAAGAAAUAGUCGAAGCAGUGAUUGAAGAAACUCUAUGGGCUAAACGGUACAGGGAGUACGGCUACUCCCCACGAAUCUUUUUCCGUCUGGAACACACCCCUAUCAAGCUCCUCGAGCUAUGCAAUCGACCGGAAUUGGGUAGCAAGAUAAGCCCGGAGGUAGUUACAGUGAAGAACGUCAGCAACUUCCACCUACAUCUCAACAUUCCGGGAAUAGCCGAUGACCGGACCUUUGGUGCUGGCCCAAGCGAAACGAUAGCGAAGCGAAGAGCUUGGAGGGCGAUGCUGUUGAGAUUGGAUGCCACUGGAGCAUUGCCAAAGCUCCUCUACCCCGAGGCGUUUAGAAAGGUCCUUAAUCCCCAUGGUCCGUCUGUCGCCCAUACCAAGCUGGCCGAGGAAAUAGAGCUGGAUUGGGUGGAGGACGACAUUGUGAAACAAGAGAAAGAUGGCAUAUCGGAUAUAUACAACUAUGCCGCGAAGUUUGGUCUUGUUCCGCGCAUCGAAGCGUGCAUGGUGACGCGCCGAAUCCGGGGAAGUGCUUCGAGCAAAGCCCGCAAAGUUGCACAAGUGUCAAUACAGCUUCCAGAACAGAAGAUAAAGGUCGUUUCCCAUGGUCUCGGUCCGAGGGCCGUAGCCUCGGCCGUGCUCGCUUUUAAGAGUGCCGCAAAAAAGCUACAAAUGCAAUACGACCAGGUCUCGGAUGCCAACAAUGAUUACUCGUCACUAAAUACAAGCACAGCAGUCGAGUUUGUAAACAUGGUUAGGAGAUUAGAGGGCGACUUUGAUCUGACAUUCACGAACAAGACUAUGGAAGGUACUGGAUCGGUGCUCAACAUUUGUCAGUUGAAUUCCAACGGGGAGCCAAUCGGGCAACAGGCGAUAGGAUGGACGGUACGUGAUGCUGAACAAGUGGCGCUCCUCACAGCAGCAAUCGAGCUUGCUCGAAAAAGCCCCGACAUCCUAUCUCAAUUUGCAAUAAGCCUAGCUGGGGGCAGCUCAGGCAAAUCCAGGAUCCUAGAAAGAUGUCCACCGGUGAGAACAGAGGUCAACGCCGCGGCCCUUGAUAUUAUGGAGAAAACCCUUCUUAAAGCCAAACAAGCUGGGUUAUCCGAAUAUCAAGAGCAAUUGGCAGCAAUGUCACACCAUUUGACAAAAUUUCGAGAACGUCGGCUGCCACGAGAAGCGACGUGUGUCACCAGCGAACGCCUACUGGAUCGCCUACAGCAGUUCGAAGCGGAUCCAAACACAAUUGAACUUCGCAACGCAAUAGCAGCAUUGCCAAUGAGUCGGUACUCGUCAAAAGUACUUGACAUGGUGUUUAGCAACGUAUACAGUAUCGUUAUUGGUGCGACGGGGUCAGGCAAGACGACGCAGGUCCCUCAGAUCAUCCUGGACGAUGCAAUACGUCGCUCGAAGGGUGGUAACUGCAAUGUCAUUUGUACUCAGCCGCGUCGUUUAGCUGCGAUUUCCGUGGCACGACGAGUCGCAACGGAGCGUGACGAAAGGCUGGGACUGUCCGUCGGAUAUCAGGUUCGAGGAGACUCCAAUCUGCCACAGCCUGGAGGAAGCAUCACUUACUGCACAACUGGCAUUCUUCUUGAGCGCCUCAAAUGGAAUGCCGAUGACGUACUCGACAACGCGAGCCAUCUGGUGGUUGACGAAGUUCACGAGCGAGACAUCUAUAUCGAUUUCCUGCUUAUUGUGUUGAAAAAGGCAAUAACAGCUCGGCAUCUCGCUGGGAAGACCGUUCCAAAGGUCGUUUUAAUGUCUGCGACUAUAGACAAAAACCUCUUCUCCGCAUAUCUCCCGAAUAAGAUCAACGGCAAACCAACACCGUGUCCAUAUCUGGAAGUACCUGGUCGCACAUUUCCAGUUAAAGAAAAGUAUCUCGAUGAGAUCUUGAGCGAGAUGACUGAGCUCCAUCCAGGACUAUCCAAGCAGUUGGCUGCACGAGAAAAAGACGACACGAAGGCUUACCUGAUUGCCGAAAAAGCGUUCGAGCAUACAGACGUUGAAGUGAACUCGGUCACAGCCAAUAUUGACGGGAAGAAGCAAGACGAACUAGAUGACCCGAGAUCCGGUGAAAAAGAAGAAGCUCUUGUACCCAUCGCUCUACUUGUGGCUACGAUCGCACACAUAUGCAAAAUUAGUCCUGAUGGUGCGAUACUUGCUUUCCUUCCCGGGGUUUCAGAGAUCGUAGCGACGGAGGAAGAAAUGAAGCGAAACCACGUCUUUGGUCUCGACUUCUCGAAUGGAGAGGCAUUCCGUAUCCACUUACUACAUUCGCUGGUGCCGGCCGAACAGCAACGAGAAAUCUUUGAGCCCUUACCGACUGGUUGCCGGAGGAUUAUCCUUUCCACGAAUAUAGCCGAAACGAGCAUUACUGUCCCUGAUGUUAAACAUGUUGUCGAUCUCGGAAAGCUACGACAGAAUACUUACUUGCCUGCAGACCGAGUCACAGCGUUACAGACAGUCUGGGAAAGCGGUUCCAAUGCGCGACAACGAGCAGGACGAGCUGGCCGAGUGUCCGACGGCAGCUAUUAUGCUUUGUAUUCUCGCAAGCGCAGGGAAGCCAUGCCAGAAUCUGGGCUUCCUGAACUGCUUCGCGCUGACCUUCAAGAGACAUGUCUGUCGAUCAAGGCUCAGCGCUUUGAAGAGAGUGUAUCGAGUUUCUUGUCUGCAGCUAUCGAGCCGCCAGCGCCAGAGGCCAUCCAGUUUGCGGUGGAAAACCUCAAGGCGAUUGAAGCAUUCACUGAGGACGAAGAAAUGACUGCACUUGGUGGCGUCCUUUCUAAACUUCCCGUCCACCCCGCUCUCGGGAAAAUGAUUCUGCUUGGCCUCAUAUUCCGCUGUCUCGAUCCCGUGAUUAUUAUCGGCUCGAUGUACGGUGAGCGAGCUUUGUUCGUGAACCCACCUGGCAUGCGACCACUGGUACGAGCAUCAAAACAACAUUUCAACGUUGCCAAUUCAGACCAUAUCACCAGCCUAAAAGCCUUUCAGUAUUUGAGACAGUACUCGCGCGAUGUCAAUCAGAGAUCCGUUCGUCAAAAGGCAACAACCUGCCUUAUACACUACGGCGCCUUCCGCUCAAUUUCUCAGACUGCGAAACAGGUUGCCGAGAUUUUGGUUGACGCCGGUCUGCUCGAUGCAAACAUGGCCAGGAACGAGGAUACACUGGAGAUUGGUGGAGAGGCGCUGAACCGCAAUUCGCACAACUAUGACUUGAUCAAGUGUCUGAUCGUGGCUGGCGUCUAUCCCAAUAUUGCGGUGAAGCCAUCUUUAUCUGCCAGGUCGUUCCGCACAGAGUCAAAGAAGAACAUCAUAAACCACCCCAGCUCGGUCAAUGCCCUCACAAAGAAAGACGGGCCGUCAAAGGCGCAGCAUAUAUUCGCGUUCACAACACUUGCGCGAGAUCGCGGCAGCGACACGCUCUUCAUGCGCGAAAGCUCUCUCGUCACGCCGCUCGCAGCCAUGCUUUUUGGGGGCCAUCUACAACAGGAAGACAACCUGGUCAUGGACGACUGGCUUCCGUUCGAGAUCGACUACCGGCAGGCAGGUGGCCAGAUCGACACGAUCAUGCAGUUUCGAAAUGCCAAAGACCGCAUGUUGAAUGGAGUGUUCAAGUUGCUUGCGGAUCCGAACGAGACUGACACGGCGGUUAAUGUGAUGGAGAUCAUGACUGAGGGCUUGGUGAAGGCUUUGGAGGCGGACGCCGUGGGGCGCGAAAAAGAUCAGGUUCUGUUUAGACAGGCAACAAAGGUCGGAGGGAAAAUUCCACAAGAGCUCGCUUGGUCAAAUAUCUCUCAGCUCUACAGGUCGAAUAAUUUGGCGCGAAUGGAGGAGCUUUAGAGUCGCAGAGGGGCUACAUUAAUAAGGACGAAAGGUGUAGAAGUAAUACUGUAUCAAUAGGAUAGAUCGAUAAACUAAAC